GCUGUUGUUAUGCCCGCGCCACGGUGGACGGUGGCCUCUCCUCCUCCCCGGCUCGGCGGCCACGGCGGCUCCCGCGGGUGACUUCCUCGCCAUCCGUUCCAUGCAGCCCCUCCACGACGGAAGCGUUUCUGCUCCAGGGACGACGGUAGCAGCGUGAGACCUGCCUUGCCGUCGCCUUGCGCGCCUGCCCGCUUUGGAUGGUGCUUCUCCUGGCCCCGUGGGUGCCGCGGCGGCGGGACUAAUAUGCUCACUCGGAUGAGGUCUGCCAUGGCCAAUUUGGUGGGAGGCAUCAUGUCUGGCAGUUCGGGCUCGGAGCCCGGCGGGGGCUUGGAUUUGCCUCCCCGCUUUCCUUACGGCAGACCCGAGUUCCUGGGGCUCUCUCAGGACGAGGUCGAGUGCUCCGCUGAUCACAUCGCCCGACCCAUCCUCAUUCUCAACAAGGAGACCAAGCGCUUGCCCUGGACCACGGGAUACGCCGAAGUGAUCAAUGCAGGGAAAAGUACACAUAAUGAGGACCAAGCAAGUUGCGAAGUGCUUAUGGUGAAGAAGAAAAUUGGGACAACUAAUUCAACACCAAACAGAAAUUCCUCUAGUAAGCGGAGAUCAUCAUUGCCCAAUGGGGAAGGAUUGCAGUUGAAAGAGAAUUCAGAAUCAGAUAGCAUCUCUUUUCAUUAUUGGUCAUUAUUUGAUGGCCAUGCUGGAUCUGGAGCAGCUGUGGUAGCCUCCAAGUUGCUGCAGCAUCAUAUUGUAGAGCAAUUGCAGGAGAUUGUGGACAUCCUGAAAAACUCUGCUGUUCCACCCCCAACCUGCCUGGGAGAAGAGCCAGAAAGCAUGAAUGCCAACAGCAGAACUCUAACCCGGGCAGCCUCAUUGAGAGGAAGUGUUGGAGCUCCAGGUUCACCUGGCACUCCACCUACUCGCUUCUUUACAGAAAAGAAGAUCUCGCAGGAAUGCCUUGUCAUGGGAGCUAUUGAAACUGCAUUCAGGGAAAUGGAUUUGCAGAUAGAACGUGAGAGAACUGCCUUCAAUAUAUCUGGUGGUUGUACAGCUCUUGUGGUGGUGUAUUUACUGGGGAAACUCUAUGUGGCAAAUGCAGGUGAUAGCAGAGCCAUAAUAAUUAGAAAUGGAGAGGUCAUUCCAAUGUCUUCAGAAUUCACACCAGAAACAGAGCGUCAGCGGCUUCAGUAUCUGGCAUAUAUGCAACCCCAUUUGCUGGGAAAUGAAUUUACACACUUGGAAUUUCCAAGGAGAGUUCAGCGGAAGGAAGUUGGGAAAAGAAUGCUUUAUCGAGAUUUCAGCAUGAUUGGCUGGGCAUACAAAACCAUUGAAGAGGAUGAUUUGAAGUUUCCCCUUAUAUAUGGAGAAGGAAAGAAGGCUCGUGUCAUGGCAACUAUUGGGGUUACAAGAGGACUUGGAGAUCAUGACCUGAAGGUGCAUGACUCGAACAUCUACAUCAAACCUUUUUUGUCCUCCUCACCAGAGGUAAGAGUUUAUAAUCUUCUCCAGUAUGAACAUGGACCAGAUGAUGUGCUUAUCUUAGCUACUGAUGGACUCUGGGAUGUACUAUUAAAUGAAGAAGUAGCAGAAGCCAUCACUAAUUUCCUGCCAAACUGUGACCCUGAUGAUCCACACAGGUACACACUAGCAGCUCAGGAUUUGGUAAUGCGAGCUAGGGGAGUGCUGAAGGACAGAGGCUGGAGGAUAUCCAAUGACCGACUGGGCUCAGGAGAUGACAUUUCAGUCUACGUCAUCCCUUUAAUACAUGGAAAUAAACUCUUGUAAAAGCAGCAUCAGUGCUGGUAACAGGAAAUGUUUGAUUAUUAACAAGUCCUUUGGAAAAGACAGUCUUCUGAUAAAUGAAAGUAGUGGUUCAAACAUUCUCUUAAGCUUGGGUAACCUGAUCUCUUUGUACUUGAAAGCUAGGGCUGAUUUGCACAUAAUCUCUUAGAGGUUGCAGCUUCCCUAAAUUUAUAUUAUUGGUACAUAUCAGGACCAGAACUUCAGUGCUGCUAGUAUAUUUAGUGCUUUCUUUUUAAUGUCCCUCCUGGUGAGGACACUGUUGUGAUCUAAUUGAAUUUAUUUUUCCCAGUUUAAUGUAGCCUAGAAUGCUAAAUGAGAUGUGAAUUGGGAAGACCAUAAUUGAAACUGGAUAGGCAGCCUUUAUUUUCCCAAUUUCUGUGCUAGCUGACUUUAAGUUAGAAGUAAUUUAUAAUUACUAAAGUUAGAAAAGCUGGUAUCUACUUAGGUAUUGUUUGCUGAAGGUAGUGAUGUUUCAGUGGAGAGGUUCUAGAAUUUUGUUUAUGCAUAUUAAUUCAAGAUUUUUUCCCUCUUCACUGUAAUGAAAAAUGUAUAGUUUUUCUAUGUGCUUGGGUGGUGAAAUUAGCUUUUUUCUGGUUUCAGUCUAGCAGCUGUUAUUAAAAUUGCCUAAGAAUAGAGAAACGUUGGGUGGUAAAUCUAUUUUCGUGUUAACUUUUUGUCGAGUGUGUAGCUAUGAUGUAGCAGACUGGGAGAUUAUUUUAGUUAAUAUUUAUUUGUUAUCAGAUUUUUCAUGCUUUAAAUACUUUGGCCUCCUCUUUCAAUAUGAUAUGGUAUUCCUAUUGAAAGAAUUUCCCUACAACUGUUGAUUUGGAUGUACUGGAUAAAUGUUUGUCUUAUUUUUUUCUUUAGCUAUUUAAUGCUAGUGAGUAUUAGAACAUUCCUUUAGAACAAUAAGCUUCUCCCAUUUUCCUACUGUACUCUUUGAGCAUUAAUUUCUUUUACUGCUUCUAUUGUAUUCCAUUGCCAGGAUGUAGUAGGUAAAAUGUAAAUUAUAAAUCCAUGUAGUAUAGCAAGAAUUUCUGAAGAACAAGCUUCAUUAAUUCGUUUGUAAUUGUCAAUAUUAAUAAAAUAUCAAAAUAGAUAGGAAUAAAUAUUCCAGUAAGAAACUUACUCAAGCAAAGUAUUCAUAAUUAUACAUACAUAAUGCAAGCCACCUCUUCUGGAAUUAGAUGCUUGAGUUGGAUUCCUCAGGUAUAAUCUCAAUCAAGAAAUCCAGUAGCACAUUCUAUGCCAUUUAAAAAGUAAACGAUAUGGCUGGAAAACAAGAGAUCAACUUUUGAGAGAUCUCAAAUAUUUUCCAAAAAAGAAGCUUUUAGCAUAACAAGAAAAUGGUUCUAUUUGUUUCCAUACCAUUUUUCUUUAACAUUUUCCCACCUUCAUAGUAUUACAUUGAUAUUUUUUGUGGGGCAGGCAUUUCAUAUACUGUCUUUGCAUCAAUACAAACGUUUCCCUCAGUAGGAUAGUGCUACUGUAAAUAAGUUUGAAUCUAUAACUGAACAGUUAAAAAGAUAAUCUAUGACAUCUCUAAAUAUGUAUGCAAUAAUGUAUUUUAUAGUAGGCUUCAUGAAACUGUUAUAAACAACAUUUCAUAGUAUAUAGUCUUUUCAACUGCAUAUAGAAAUCGGGAAGUGGCUAUUACACAGAAUGUAUUUCUGCAUUCACAAUAUGUAUUUUUCAGUUCAAGUAAUUCUUAAUGUGGGUCACUAUUGAUGUUUCAUUUCAUUCACAUAUGUGAAAUCAGUGUUUUCUGGGUAAAAUACUGUCACUGGUUCAUCAUCACUUUCUAAUGUAGCAUGUGUAUGCAAAAAUGUGCUGUUGUGUUGUUUGUCUUCGUUUUGCUUUAACAUAUUCCUCACUUCCACCACUUAAACCCUCUUUAGAUGCAAAUUGUCUCACUAGGUAAUUAAAAGUACAGGUUUAGUUUUUAUAUUGCUCUACCACAGGAUCCCCAAUCCCCAGGCUGUAGACCGGUAUUGGUCUGUGGCCCAUUGGGAACUAGGCCACACAAACGAUGGGCAAACCGUUUCAUUUGCGCAUGCACAGGAACUAGGUUAUAUACGUGAAACCAUCCCCUCUUCGCCUGCCGCUACUGCUGCUGCCGGUCCAUAGAGCUGGAAAGGUUGAGACCACUGCUCUACCAUAUGGACACAUUGUAUUUUAUUAUAGCCUUAUUAGACACCUGGGCAUAAAAAUGGGUCAGAAUAGUCAGUAGCAGGAAUUGUAUGUAUUCACCACUAAUACAUUAUCUGUGCAGUUACUCCUUUUUACUCUUUUUCUAUAAUUUUUUUUUAAAAAAUUGAUUUAUAUGCCGCCCUUCUCCGGAGACUCAGGGCGGCUUACAAUGCAUUAAGCAAUAGCCUUCAUACUUUUGUAUAUUUUAUACAAAGUCAGCUUAUUGCCCCCACAAACUGGGUCCUCAAUUUACCUACCUUAGAAAGGAUAUUGCUAGUUUUACAGUAAUCUAAUACUAGACAAUACAGAUUCAAUUCCAAUGUUGUGAUUUUACAUUAGUUCUUUGCAGUUGCUACUUAAUUUGCAUAAAGAAAAACAUGGGUAUCUGUAGAAGCUUCCUGUUUUUCAUCAGUUAUGAAAGCAACAUCAUGCAAUUGUACCACAAAAUCCACCUCUUUUGGAAGUAGAUGUGAUCUUAUGCCAUAUGUAUAAAAGGGAUAGGGUUUGCAUCAUGACAGUGUAAUAUUGCUUUUGUCAGUCCAUCCCUUGACACCCUCCCCACAAUAAUAUAUCCAUUAGCAAUAUCUUCAAAAGUAGUCUUAAAAUUGACUGCCUUGUGUUUUUCCAGGAGCAGUGACAUCCUUAUAUAAAAAUAACAUAUGGAAGCCAAUUAUACAUAUCUUUGUAAUAGAUCUGUCUUAAUAUUGUAAUGGCUACCAAAUACUUCCUGGAAAUACCAAAACUCCUAGUCAGGACAACUAAAAAAAAUGUAGUCAUGUCAAUCUAAUGCAAACCAAGCAACAUUGACUCACUUAACUAAAUUCAGAAAUUUAAGUUGACACUUAAGUUUCCUUCCAUCUCUAUUGCUGCAGAGCUUCUUCAAAGUUUUGAUCUUGUUCAAGAUUGCUUUGAGUCAACAAUGGUUCUCUCCCCCACCCCAAGAAGUGUAUUUUAUAUAUGUCUUUGAGUAAUAUCCAGAUGAAUUUAAGUGGCAGCUAUUUAUAAACCUUUGCAAAGAAUUUGGUCUUCUAGAACAAUAUACUAUUGAAGGAAGUGUAUCAGUUCCUGCAAUUUCUGCAUAUGAUAGAGUUGGAGUGGAUUUCAUGCCUUGUGUUAUUAGAUUACAAAUGAAAUCUUGCCAAUCUCAACAGAUAGGCAUCAAAUGGUAUCUCUCUUUUUUACUUGAGAAAAUUCCACUGUGUUAGCAAAACCUAGCUAAGACUUACAUAACAUCCCUUCUAGAUGAAUGCAUGUGAAAUAAUACUCCAAUAAUUAAUUCUAUUAUAGAGUUUAUUAUUAUUUAGAGCAUGUUUCUUCAGAUAUACUAGUCUAUAUUUACCAAAUUAGUAUUUGGGUUACUUUGAAUUUUGGUCAUUUGGGGCAUUGGAAGACUUGUCCAGCACAUAUGGAACAAAACAAUCUGAGGAAGACUACCUUAAAAAUAAUGAUGCUAUACUAGGGGUGAAAUGCUACCGGUUCGGGUGAACUGGUAAUUAAAAAAAAAUGCUACAGGUUUGGCCGGACCAGUAUUUCCAACGAUCAGCUGUGCCGCACUUUCUAGCGAAUCUAAAUCACGCGGCACAGCUGUUCCCUCCCUCGCUGUUCUACUUACCUUAGAAAAGGCUUCUUAAUCCUUUUUCAGCACUGCGCGCUAGUGCCUGCAGUGUGCAUGUGCAUAAAGCGCACGUUUGGCACGCACUGUGCAUGCGCGCAUGCAGCAAACCAGUAGCAAAGUGAACCAGUAGCAGACUUCAGAGCAUUUUACCCCUGUGGUAGACAUCAAAAUAUUGAAAAUGAACCAGAUUGUAACUUUGUUAUUAUAUAUUAAAGAUCUUGAAGGAGUGUUGUUAAACAAAACCGAAUGCCCAACCUCACCCCUUCACUCAUACCCAACCGAGGAAACUUGUUCUUUAACAACAACAACAACAAAAAAGACUGUCUCAGUUAAAAUCUAACUGAAAACAUUUCUAGGAAAAUACAAAUUCAGGUAAAAUUCAGAAAAAAAUUGUUGCUAAUAGAGCAAUUUAAAUUAUCCAUGUUAUUUGCCUGGUAAUAAGUCAACAACAUGGAUCUUUCAAAAUUCCAAGAGAUGUAUUAAUUGCAUUAUUAGGUUUAAGUUUAACAACUGUGUAGUCUAAGAUUUCCUUUACCGAAUUAAGCAAUAUUUUGGGGGUGAUUCUUCUAACAACUUAUUUCCAAUUGUAGCUAACAAUUGUAAUAUUUUUAAUGAAAUAUUCCAAUUCAAAUUAUCUAAGAUGUUGUUUCAUUACUUACCAAUGCCCAUGGAAAAGGAUUCAUUUUAGUUACAAUCUAAAAUCAGCAGCACAUGAGAAGUGAUCUUGGACUCCAAGCAAUAUUGAAAUGGUUUUGUAUCAAGAACUGUCAAAUUGCUGAAAGUAAAGUAGUCAUUGUAUGUUUUUUCUCUGAGGUUUGAUUCUUAUUUUUGAUAAUGAAGCACUACAACCCUACCAAGUCCAUUUUGGUACUUUUGCCCUUUGUACAUUCACUGUUGCAGUUUGCAUUUUACAAACAUUUGCACAUUCUCAAUUUAUUUUGUUUACUUAUAGAGAUGUUGUAGGCAAUGACCAAUACCUCUACAAUCAUUCUGCCAAAUUAUACCAGUAUUUUACUUGAAAAAACCCUUUCCCUUUCAAUCUCUGCUUUAUUUUUUUCCACUGUAUUUUAUUUUAAUUCAACUGCUACCCAUUAUUUUAGUGAUAUAGUGAUUAUAUUUAUGGAAUAUAUUAUUUUCUAGGCUCAGCAUUCUAAAUGAUGAAAAGAAUUUGAUGGGUAAAAAUGAUUUAGAUUAAUGUACUUAACAUUGUGACUGUGAAAUGUCAAACUUUUUGUAAUUUAAGAACAAAAAUGUUUAGCAAAGGGAUAUAUUUUAUGUGUUUUGAAAAAUUUUCAGUGCAAUUAAGAAGAAAGCAGAAAAAAUGUAUGCACAAUAAAGUUUUAAAAUGGAAUAAAAAAAAUAAACAGAAAAA